GACGGUUUCGCCCUUGAAUAGUUAUAUCCAUCCUCUUUCUUGGGAAGGCUGAUGCAGUGAUGUUUAAAGGAGAGGUCAUUGCAUGGUGGAGAAAAUAUGCUGGCCUGGUGGCAUGGAUUGAGGAAGACAAAGAAGUUUGUUACUCUUUCGCCGACUUCCACAUGCACAGUUAACAUCUAUGUCUCCGGAUGACUCCGGCCAAGCACUUCAAGCGCCCAGGCUGAUAGGGUGAAAUUGCUGCUGGAACUCGAAGCUUCCAUUUUUGUCAUCGUCUUGAGCUAAUUAAUUAACCCUGCGCAUGAGCGGUAGCCAUUACUGAAAACCCAAAUAUCAGCAGCCGGUCGAAGCAUAGCACGUCGUCGAUGGAGAAAAUGAAGGAUGAUGAGAAAACAAUUAGUAAGGUUAUUUUGGGAAGAAUGGGGUGAAAUAAAUGAUGUGCGUAAAGAAAGUUUCGCCCAGGUCCCAUCCACGUGCGAGAUCUGUUCAUCUGCCACCUUACCUACCCUCUUCGUACCCACUUCUCACCAAGGCACGAAGCACAGCCAAAAAGCAGUCCUUAACUCAACCCAACCUCGAGGAGGAGGACUGGAGGAGGAGGAGGUAAUGUACUCGAUCUUCUCUACAUCCCACUAAUUUAACACAAUUAAGUAAAUCCCUAGGAGGUUAAUUGCGGAUGACAGAAGAAGAAGUACAGAGCCGAGCAGCCUUCUCCCUCCUUGCGGCUCUUUGUGCUCAAGGAUCAUGCACCAGUUGAUGUGUUUGUUAACGUUUUCCUCCCUGCGGACUUCGAAAUAAUUUUAAAAUUCAUUGACCUGUGCAUAUUAGCAGACGUUCGGUUUCUUAAUCUGUUUGUUGUAAUUUUUUUUUUUGCCUGAAAGGAAUCGCUUUUUCGGGAACAAUUUUAGCCAAAUAGCACUUUGAUGUUAUGCAUACUUUUUUAGCUUGGUCAUUUGAGGAAGGUAUGGUGGAAGCUGUUUUUAUUCCCUCCCGUUGUCUCUCCAAGUGAGAAAUCUUGUGGUCAGGUUAUGCCAUCACCAUUCCCAUUUGCUCCCAAUGAUGGAUCUACUGUAUGCUUCGCAAAUAAUACGGAGUAGUAUAAUUUCCUCUUGAUUGACUAUUGAACAUAAAUCCUGCCAAAUGUUGUACCAUUGUAAAAAAAGGGCCUCCAAAUGACCAAAUCAUAGUGUUAUGUGUUAUCUUUUGAGAGAAAGCAGUCAGUCGAUUACCAAUAACCACAAUUUUAAAGCAUUUUUACUGUUUUCUAUAUAUCAAAAGUAGAUCUGUAUUAAAACGUGUCCUGAACUUUAAGUUUAGCUUUCUAAAAAAAGGAUGACACCCCGAUAGGACGGUAUGUUGGGAGGAUGUAAAUUGGACUCUAAUCCCAACCUGACAGAUAGAGAGUGAGGCUCUGUUCCCGGUACUUGCAGAAGCUCUAUGCAUUUUUUUAGCAUAGUAACCUCUCAUCGCAGUUGACGGGAUUCGAACCCGGGAUCUAACCCUUGUGAGACUCCUUUGCUACAAGUUGAGCUACAUCCACCGGUUUAAGUUUAACUUUCUAAAAUACAACUUUAUAGCUUUCUCUUAUAUGAUUAAUAUAGCUCUACCUGCUCUAGUAUUUAUCUUUCUAGAAUGUAGCUUUCUAGCUUUCUCUUAAGGUAUUUAGCUUAAUAGCUUCCUUCUAUUUCAAAUUAAUAUAUCAGUUUCUUUAAAAAACAUUUCUAAAUGUGCAGAAUUAAUGUUUAAUCUACCUAUCUCUUGCAGUUGCAGAAGGGGUUCAAAUACUUCUUUCUAGUGUGAUUGUUUGAAUCUCCCAUUUGGACAUCUAGGAUUGCGUAGCAGAUUGGAGUACAGUUGUUUGUUUGCAAUCCCAUUCAUUAACCCCUCGCCCAGUCUUUGUUGCAUGCUGAUGGAUAAUAACUACAACUCCCUGAAUUUGUUCACGGAUGAGACGUCAUGGUACAACCACCUUGUGCUAGCGGCUGUCUUGCCAGAAGAAGUGUGGGGCCCUCUCCCUCACUUCUUCCAAACAUGGCUACGAAACUACAUCGGUGGAACGUUGCUUUAUUUUGCGUCUGGUUUCCUUUGGUGCUUCUACAUCUAUUACUUGAAAUGCGGCCAUUAUGUCCCUAAAGCUGCAAUCCCAUCAAAUAAAGCUAUGCUCUUACAAAUCGGAGUUGCAAUGAAGGCUAUGCCUUGGUACUCUGCUCUCCCGUCUGUGUCUGAAUACAUGAUUGAAAGUGGAUGGACUAGAUGUGUUCCAAACAUAAGUGAUGUGGGAUGGCCUCUAUACUUUGUCUAUCUGACUGCUUAUCUUGUAAUUGUGGAGUUUGGUAUCUAUUGGAUGCACAGAGAGUUGCAUGACAUAAAACCACUUUAUAAAUACCUCCAUGCUACCCACCAUAUUUACAACAAGCAAAAUACACUUUCUCCCUUCGCUGGUUUGGCAUUCCACCCAUUGGAUGGGAUACUUCAAGCAGUGCCACACGUAGUAGCUCUGUUCCUGGUCCCAAUGCACUUCAGGACGCACAUUGCACUUUUGUUCCUGGAAGCUGUAUGGACAGCCAAUAUUCAUGACUGCAUAGAUGGCAAAGUAUGGCCUGUAAUGGGUGCUGCCUAUCACACAAUUCAUCAUACCACAUAUAGGCAUAAUUAUGGCCACUACACGAUAUGGAUGGAUUGGAUGUUUGGAACCCUUCACAAGCCGAAAAAUGAUGAGCUCAAGAAGAUGUGAUAUAUUCGCAGUUGCUUAGCAUCUCAUCUGUACUGGAUAAAGGUGUAGCCAGCAGUAUGGGAGGUGAGGUCUUGGGAGGUAAUAAUGUAGGCCUCAUUUCCUUGCUUUUUGUGUUGGACCUCCUGCUAGAUACGAAGGGAGUCUAUAUUGGUAAGGUUGAUGUAUAUUUCUUGUUGAAGUAGUUUUUAAAACCAGGCCUUGGAAACGGAAAAAACCAGUCUUUAUCACAAGGAGUGAGUUUGUUUUAUUUAAAAUGCUCGGUUAAUUGACA